CUUCAUUCUAUCCUCUUAAAUUGGAAAAAGAGUGUCUUAAAUACAGUGUGUGACUAGUAGGCCCCAGUCAUGAAAACUAAAUGUGCUAUGAUAAUUCAUUUUCUCUAAAUAGGGUACAUUGUGAAGCUUUGAUUUUCUUAAAUGUCCUUUCAACCCUUCUCUAAACCAGGACAUUAACUGUCAUAAAUCAUUAAUGCCACUGCAAGCAUCCGAUUGAGUAGUUUUUACUAUCUGAGGAAUAUUUACAUCAAUCUUCAAAUUGAUCCCUUUUAAACUAAUGUAGGAGUUGAACACUGCUUUGAGUUGAACACUGCUUUGAGUUGAAACUGCUUUGAGUUUCUCUAUUUCAUCAUUCAUGCGUUAACCAAAAGCUUGCUUUCAUUUUCAGAUUUAUGUUUUAUGUUAAUUUUUGUUUACAAAGGUAUUAAUAUUCGAAGUAAUCGCCACACAUAGAUACUUUUCUGGGACUUGACAUUACUGUGUUGAUUGUUAAAUAUGAAAGAAGAUAUAAAUUUGGAAUAUCUAGCUAUUCUUUAAAAAUUAUAAACAUAGAACAUGAUAAUGGGUAUGUCUGUAUUUGGCAAGAUUUUUUUCUUUAAAUCAGGGAAUGUUGUCACCUCUGGCCUUUUGUACCAUUGUGCUUUGAGAAAGGCCUUUAUUUUGAUGGAUACCCACAAAUAACUCUGGGGGAGACCCAGGCUGGAGUUUCUUCAAGUGGGAGUGAGCUUACAAUAAACAAGUCCAGGCAUGUCUAGGCACUUGGUAGCAUUUGGUUUUCGGUUCAUUUUGCUGAUUUCCUUUAUCCAGAUGUUUUCACAUCCUCCUCUACCUUUUCCAGUGUGAACUGGCAGCAUGUUUGGCAAUUUGGCAUCAGUAUCACUGUACAGAGUUGAAGACCCAGAUUCUCAUCACCCACUGGAUUAUGCCCAAGGUUUUCCUGCCUGAUGAUCCUCUUGCAACACACAGGGCUUCCUCCGCCUAAGCGGCCCUCAUCCUCUCCUCCUAUGUCAGUGGCCACCAGGUCUACAGGAUCCUUGCAGCUUCCACCACAGAAGCCUUUUGGGCAGGAGGCUUCCUUGCCUCUGGCAGGGGAAGAAGAGUUACCUAAGGGAGUGGAGCAGGACUCUGCCCUGGAGGAGCUAUGUAAGCCCCUGUACUGCAAACUCUGCAAUGUCACUUUGAACUCAGCGCAGCAAGCCCAGGCUCAUUAUCAGGGUAAAAACCAUGGUAAGAAACUCCGAAAUUACUAUGCAGCAAAUAGCUGUCCCCCUCCUGCCAGAAUGAGCCAUGCGGUGGAGCCUGCAGCCACUCCGGUCCUUCCAGUCCCUCCACAGGUGGGCUCCAUUAAGCCAGGAGGCCGAGUAAUCCUGGCCACAGAGAAUGAUUACUGUAAGCUCUGUGACGCCUCUUUCAGUUCCCCGGCUGUGGCGCAGGCACACUAUCAAGGGAAGAAUCAUGCCAAGAGGCUGCGGCUGGCAGAAGCUCAGAGUAACUCAUUCUCGGAUUCCUCAGAGGUGGGCCACCGGCGGGCCCGGAAGGACGGGAAUGAAUUUAAGAUGAUGCCUAGUAGGAGAAAUAUGUAUACAGUGCAGAAUAAUUCAGCAGGUCCUUACUUCAAUCCCCGCUCUCGGCAGAGGAUUCCGCGUGAUCUAGCCAUGUGCGUCACUCCAAGUGGCCAGUUUUACUGCUCCAUGUGUAAUGUUGGGGCUGGUGAAGAGAUGGAAUUCCGGCAGCAUUUAGAGAGCAAGCAGCAUAAGAGCAAGGUGUCUGAGCAGCGGUACAGGAGUGAGAUGGAGACUCUGGGCUAUGUAUAGUGAUUGUCUCACGCAGAUAACGCGGCUGUCCACUCACGCAGCUCUGUGGUCCUUUUGAUAUGAGUACAUUCCUCUGCUUACUGUUAAUAUGUGUGACCUGCACUGGUACCAUGAGAUGUCAAAACGGGGCGGGGGGUGGAGAACCAGCUUCUUAGGUCAUAGUGCUAUAGUGCUUUUCAGGUUAAUUGUGUCGAGCUACUUACAGCAUGUGACUUACUUACGCCAUCAGAAAUAACUUUUUAUCUGGCCCAACUUCUGGUCAGCUUGCAGCCUGGCCAUUUAGAACUAUGACAUCUUCUUUUACAAUUUUGGUUCUAUGUACUAUUAAAUAAAUAAUUGUGUUGAGUUCUUCUGAUCACAGUGAAGCUAGGUGAGCAGAGGUUUCAGUUUCCCUAGGCUGCAUUGGAACCACCACCUCUAUGCCUCGUGAGUCAGACUCACUGUUAUAAACUGUGGUAGGACCUUUCCCAGGAUAGUUUUUUGCUGUAUGGUAUCCCCGCAUCAUUGGAAUGUAGGUUUUUCUUGAACUCAAGAUACUUCCACUAUGCUUCUGUCCUUCAGACAGCUAAACACCAUUUCCAGCUAUGGAUUUCACACGUCUGAUGGCCACCUUUUUCCCUCCUCUUUUUUUUCCUAGUUGAACCAGCUUGUGUAACAAGCUCAUUUUCAUGUCCCAGCUGUGCUGUGGGUUUCCAAGCCUCACAUACGAAUAUUCAAUGAGUUUAAGAUGGAUAUGAAUUUAAAAACAUAUGUUUUUCAGUUUAUUUUAGGAAACAAAAAGAUGUGUGUGAUUUUUCCAUUUAGAGUAACUUCUUCAUUGAUCAGAACGUCAUGUGUGAUGGUCUCUGUUGUAGAUUGCCUGAUAUUUUAUUUUGUCAGACUUUUUAGAUAAUCUGAUUCUUACGCUUUACUUAAAUUCUUCUCUGGCCUGCCCGUUUGUUGGCAGUCCUGAAAAAAUAUCACUACCUGCUAUUUUAUACGUAGAGAAGAAUUUUUAAAAAAGCAAAUCAAGUAUCAGUCUUAUCAUUUCCAAUAGAUAAAACACAUGAACUAUGGUUUUAUUUUUGUCAUUUGGCUUUUUUGAGGUUACUAAAAAUAUAGAUUACUUUAGUGUCUGGUAAUUACAGUAGUAUUGGGAGUUUUUUUGUUUGUUUUUUGUUUUUAAAUAAGCUAGUGUGUGCCUAGAUUAACUAAUGGAAUACUCUGUGAACUUGAACUGCAUUUGAUCUAUUUACAGUAGUUUAGUUUACAAAGGAUAAGACUGGUGCUCAUCCACACUUCUUAGAUAGGCCACGCUCACCAGGAAGUUUAUAUUAAACAGUAUCUUUGCACUAUGUUCAAUUCAGAUGUGAUUGCUUACAUUGCUAACUAAAGAUAGAACUCCUGUUUUUUCUUGAGAUUUCUAUGGGCAAAUAUAUUGGGGAGGGUGGGAAGGCAAACUGUAAUCAUCAUUCCUUUUCUGUAAUAUUUUGGAACAAUUUUUAAACAACAUAGACCCAUCUUUAAAAAUCAGUUUUGUGAUUAACCUCUUGUGAAGUAUCAAAUUACUGUCUUCUGUUGAAGCAGUUUCUUUCUUUUUUUUUUUUUUUAUACAGUAGAAUUAUUUGGUCAUUUUUUUUUUCUCGCAGAGAUAGAAAAAUGAAAUAAUCUUUUGCGAUUCUAGACCUAUGACUUUUAGUAUAACAGCUCUUUUUGUAGUAAUCUAUAAAGUAUGGUGGAUUAGGCAAGUUAAGCCUUUCCUUAUUGGCCAGUAGGUUACUUAUUUUGCUGCUAAGAAUAGUUUUUUUGGUCUAUUUUAAACUAUAGUGCUGGCCACUUGGUCUGUGAUUAUUUAAAAAUCUCAUUUUCUUUCUCUGCAGAUGUGUGUGCUUCCCACACACAUGAUACCAUAGAGAAGAUUUCAUUAAACCUUUACUUCAAAUAGGAGUAGAAGACAUGAAUUUACAUUUUGUAAAAGUGACAUUCAUCCAUUUUUAGUUUUCCUUUGGAAGUAAAAUUAGAAGAAGGGUUCGCGGCUCCCAGCUCCCACCACUUAUCAGUUUCAUUAUUUACACAAAAAGCAGUGGACUUAAGGGCUUGAUGUUUUUCAGGCUUUAUGUAUUCAGGUUUCCAGCGUCUCAGUGCCCUUAACAGAUGUUAGGAAUGCGUAAGUGUGUUUUCUUUUAAAGAAGGAGGUUAGAUUUAUAGCGUUGUUUCUUACUUGCUGUAUUUCUUUGCACUAAAAAAGAGCUAUGUGUUUGUUUUAUAUGACACUUUAGUACCAUAUUGCCUACAAUAAGUCAGUUUUCUCCUUAAUUUCCAAACUCCAGGAAGUUGUUAAAGCACAUCCAUGAUCAUUUAUAGAGGUUACAUGCACAUCUGAAAAACCCUGAGAUUUCUAUUACAGUAGGUUGUUUGUUAGACUUGUUACCUUACAGUUCUCCUGUGCUCCAUGAGUGGAACAAAGGGUGACCAAGGUCGUCAGGCAGCAAAUGCCUGUACAGAUAUAUCUCUACAUGGUAGUUUCCCUUUUCAUAUAUUGCGUGUGCUCAGUGUGUUUUCCCUGUCUAAGCAGACCUUGUUGCUUCUGAGUCAGUGGUGUGUGAUCCAUCUCCAUCGGUUUUGCUGUGUGAAAUCUGUCCUGCUGUGUUGUUACUGUGACCUCCAUAGGUUUUGCUGUGUGAAGUCCGUCCUGCUCUGUUGUUACAUGCUUUAGGAUUUGCAACCUGUGCUCCCAGGAAUCAUGUCAGUGUCUUAUCAGCUAUAUUCAAGGAUGGACAGAGGCUGAAACAAUGGAAAACCUUUAUUAAAAAAAAAAUAAGUAGAUUUCAGUAAACAUCCAUAAGAAUUAGCAUCGCAAGCCUCUUUUUUCUGUGACUAUCUUUGUGUAAACCAGUGGUUCUCAACCUGUGGGUCACGACCCCUCUGUAACAAUGAAAUACAUUGCAGCAUUAGGAAGGCUGAGAACCACUGAUGUAAACUGCCAUUAAAAAAAUCAGUGUUAGAAGAUAGCAGAAACUCUUCUUAGGGAUUGAAGGCAAGAAGUUUUUUUUUUUUUAUUUUUUUAUUUUUAUUGUUGGGGAUUUAUUAAGGGUACAAUAAGCCAGGUUACACUGAUUGCAAUUGAAGGCAAGAAGUUGUUAAAAAAAAAAUUCCAUUAAAUUGUUCCAUUUAGUUGUUUCCAUUAAAAGACUGGAUUGUGGCCAUGCACAGUGGCUAAACCUAUAAUCCUAGCGCUCUGGGAGUCUGAGGUGGGUGGAUCAUCAGAGCUCAGGACUUUGAGACAAGCCUGAGCAAGCAUGAGACCCCAUUUCUACUAAAUAUAGGAAACCUAGCUGGGUGUUGUGGCAGGCACCUGUAGUCCCAGCUACUCAGGAGGCUGAGGCAAGGGGAUUGCUGAGCCCAACAGUUUGAGGUUGCUGUGAGCUAUGAGGCCAUGGCACUCUACCAGGGUGACAGAGUGAGAUGCUGUCUAAAACAAACAAACAAACAAAAAAAUACCCAAGGUUGGAUUGCAUAUGCCUUCAAAGUUCAUUAACAAAACUGAGUAUGCCCUGUAAUCCUUUUGACUCCACGCUGACCAGAGCAUCCAUUAUCAGUCUUGGCUCUGUAUAUCACAUCCUGCAACUUGUAAAUAUGUGCAUGUUGUUUACAGUGUUUGUCUGCUUGUCUCUUAUGAAUCCUGCAAAGGGAAUACUUUUUUUUUAGACCAUUCAUUUUGAAAAAGUUCUCCUUCCAAAUCUUUCUGUUUCUCCUAAUUAGUUUUUGUGAAGUCCUGAGAUUGGAAGAAAAAUCCUGGCUAUCUGAGAUCAUCCUCACCUCCCGCUGACUUAAAAAGUUAACUAAGGAGAAGCAUGAGACCUUUCACCUUAUUUUACAAAGCUGCUCUACAGAACUGUGUGCUUGCAUUUGGUCACCUGCUUGUUUCUGCAGUUUGAACAAGGAUCAAAGGAGAAAUAUAUGUGUAUAUAUGUGUAUGUAUACAUCUGGUUAAAUCUUCAUCUUUAGAUAGUUUCUGGGGAUAAGUGGUGGAAUUUAUGGUUUCUUCACUCCUGAGUUGGCUGAGACUGCAGGUUUGAGGAUUGCCCUGUGACCUGUGUAAAAUGAGUCUUGUUUGUGUCAGAGGAGACCUGUCACCCUUCCACAUGUAUCCUCUGCAGAGAGGCAGAGAGGCCUGGCGGUUUGGGAACCUAACCCUGUUUUGUUUCCUCAGUGUCAGAACUUAGGCUGAAAGUACUCGGAAGAACUUGGGGAGGCGCAUAGUGGUGCCCUAGAAAUAAAUUAAGAAAUGUACUGUCAGGGUAGGCAGGUUUUGAACAGGUAUUUAAAAAAAUUCUGCCUCAUCAGCUGUUUUUUUCUUGCCAGGUAAAUGAUUGUUUCACACACAAUAAAAAGUGUUGUGUUGUUUUGGUUCUUUUUUGGUGGGUAAACCCCUAUUGUUGUGAGCUAUUGCUGUCAGUCUAACUGAAUGAACAAAUAGUUGUGUAAAUAGCUUCUCUUAAAACAUUUCUACUGAUAGUUGUUUGACUUAUUCCCCCCAUUAUGAAUGGGAGGAACAUUUGUAAACUCCCUUUCUGGGUAGCUACCAAAAAAAAUGCUGGCUUAUGGUCCCAUGUGACCCCGUCUCCGUUAAUCCCAGAAUAUGAGUGCCUUUAGCAAGUGUUAGCAUUUCACAGAGAGAAGAGAUGACAGAAUUGUUGCCAUUAAUCACAAUCCACAAGACAGGAGUUUGGAAUAGCAGAGCUCUGUGUGAAUUCUGUUCUACAUCUUUUUUUUUUUCUUUCUUUCUUAAUGCAGUCUCAAUUUGAUAAAACUGCCCUCAUUAUUGAUCAGGACUCAUACACUCUGAAGAUGACUCCAAUUGUCCCAGGAUGGCAAUCAGUCAUAGGUCAUUUUCCCUGUGAUCUGUUACAUUUCUACUUUGUGCGUGAUUGGUAGUAUGGUAGAUUGGGAGAAUUUGACACUGAUGUUUGGAAAAAUUCUUUAUUUCACUGGUCUUUUUCAAAUAAUUUUUUUUUUUCCAUAGAGGAAAGAAUUAUAUAUUUGCAAACAAAGUGUAUGAAGAGACUGGCAAAAUAAUUAUUGUGUUCAUUUCUACAUUAAAAGAGGCAUCUUCACCAAUCAGGUUUGAGGCCUUUUAAAGCAAAAUUUUCCCUAGUUCAAUUAAUUUAAAAUUUGAAAUUGCCUGAGUGCUUCAAAUCUUUGAAACAUACUUCUAAAUUAAUUUUAUUUUAGAACUAUUCAUAUUUUCCUCAGCAUGUUUAAUGAAAAAUUUCAUAUGUCAGCAUUGAAAAACGUUUUACAAUAUACCCACUCCUAGAUUCCAUCAUCAGCUUUUUACUGUGUUUGUAUUACCAUACACCUAUUCAUCUCUUCAUCCCCCUAGUCAUCUGUAAGUCCAUUGGGUUUAAAAAAAAAACUAAUUUCAGGCCGGGUGCAGUGGCUCACACCUGUAAUCCCAGCACUCUGGGAUGCCAAGGCAGAUCGCCUGAGCUCAGGAGUUGGGAGACCAGCCUGAGCCAGAACCAGACCUAAAAAUAGCCGGGCUUUGUGGCAGGUGCCUGUAGUCCCAGCUACUUGGGAGUCCCGAGGCAAGAGAAUCAAGAGCCCAAGUAUUUGAGAUUGCUGUGCACUGUGAAGCCACUGCACUCAAUCCCAGGGCAACAAAGUGAUACUCUGUCUCAAAAAAAAAAUGUUUUUAAUUUCAAUGUAAAGUUCAGACAAUACACUUCCCCUCGACACUUAGCAUAGGUGUCAUUAACUAGGGUCUAAUAUUUGUUUAAAAAUCAUUCUGAAAGCAGUGUCUGAAGUUGAUAACCUUGCCAGUUAACAUACUUUUUUUCCUCCUGCGCUCUUUAGUCUUCCAGUUCCUGCUAUGCUAAGAGGGAGGGAAAACAACUCCUUUUCAAACUGAGCUUUAUUCUAAAAUUGGUCUUUUAAAAUGCUUGUCAUAAAUUCUAAAGUUUCGUGAUCACUUUUUUCUUUCCCCCUCUUCCGAUGAUAUAUUUUUGCCAAACUAUGCAGCUUCUCCACAAGACUGUAAAUUACUGACUGGGGUUUAUGAAGCCGGCUUAUACCUCAUUUCAGGCUAUUGCUGCUUUUCUUCUGGUUUCAUGUGUCCUGUCACUGCUUCCAGCUGCUGAACCAGAAGGUAGAGGGGAGUAAAGGGUCCAACCCAUAUGCGACCAGCUGCUGUCAGCAACUCUGGGAGAACAGACUAGUUGUUUAGGAAGUUGAAAGCAUCUAAAAGGUUUGAUUUGAAUUCCCUGAGAAUUAUAAUUAACCAUGCUUCCUGUAGCUAUAAUUAGCAGAUUGUACUGUACAGUGAGUUGUUGAAAUUACCAGCCUUGGUAACACUCUUUAGCUUUACUCUAGUGAUGUUUAGAAAACUUUCUUGACAUAUGCCUUUAUUGUUAUGCCCACUUUUUGUGGAAAACUAAAGAAGCGAAGUGACUUGCUGUAGGCCAUGAAGAUUCGAUGGGUAAAAUUGAUUCAAAAUUGAAAUUUAAAUAUUCCAGAUUCAUAUUCUUGUGCUUGUUUGAUAAGAUUAAUGGCUUCUAAAAUAGCUAAUGGAUUCCUUUGGAACCUUAAAAAGAAAAUAUGUAUUUUUACUAUUUAGAUUUUUAUUUUUAGACAUUUCAUAGUUCUUUGAACUUACAGGUACUCUCAUGGCGUAGUUCCUAAUUAAGUCCAACGCAAUGGCUAAAAAAAAAAUCUCACCGCACUGUUGAGUAUUAACUAAUGUAGAGUUUAUCAGAUCUCUUUUUCAUUUAAAUGACCUUUUAAUCCAUUUGUAACUCUUUCCAUGUGAGUGGUUGAGUGACCCCCCUCACUAGUGAAAAUAAAUAUUCCAUAUCACUGGUUAUAUGUGUAUUCUCGACAUGAUGUAUAUAUUUUAAGGAAAGUAACUCCAUGUGUCAGGAUGAGCGAUAUUAUCCUAGAACAAAGCACAUAUCUAUUGUGCAAAUCUGGCAUUUACAGGAACAAAACUCUCUUGGAGUGGUGGGCAUUGUUUUGCCUUUUUUUGGUACCUGAGUACCUUUCUGUGGUUUUGUCAGUUAGUGUGUCAUUUUGUAAGAAUUUCGUGUGCCUCUAUGUUAACUGGCGUUCACCCGUGGUAUGUUAGUUAUUUAGUUUUGUGUUACGUGUCUGCUUUGCGAUGCCUUACCGGAGUGUGUCAGAUCCUGCUGUAAAGCAGUCCAUUUAUUAUUAGGACAACAAAUUGCCUCUCUUGGAUGUGUACUUUGGAUACAGAAGCAAAACUAAUUUUGCUUUCACUGUCAAGUUUGCAUCUAAAUGCAGCUAUAGUUUCAGAUUUGAGAAUAAAAUCAUGGAAAACCAAGGGAGAUUUUAGAAUCCUUCAUUUAAUGGCAUGGCAAACUUUUAAAACUGCUUUCGCUAUUUCACUAGAACCGUAUCUUUGGUAAAAGCUAGAGCUAAAAAAUGCCAGCCAAAACCAUAUGAGAUUGGGGUUGUUUCCCAAAAUUGUCUCUUAAUGUCAUCCAGGGGCUUAAGAUCUGUGUAUGCUAUUGGGGCAAAAUGCCAAUCACCACUUUGGAAAUCUGUCUGUGCUCUGGGACUACAGAAAUGACAAACAUGUUGUGGGAUUAAAACCAAACAACUGUGAAUUGUGAAAUUGAAAUUGCUUUUUGGUUUUAUUUUCUUUAGCAUACGGAAUACAGAAAUCUGACAGUUAUUUAAAAUUUACACUGCUUAUGUUGAUGGCUCAUUUUGGCUGUGUAUCCACACUUAUGUACUGAUUUCUGAUAAAGGCUUGAUGUUAAUAUAACAAGCAUUUUGUGUUCAAUUUAAUAAAACAGUUUCUGAGUCUUGUCUGAAAA